AAGCACGAGAAGAAAAGUGACCGCUUUUGUUUCCUUUCACUCUGUGGGGAGUUCAACGAUGUCUCGAUACCACAAGGCGGCCAUUGACGGCAACUCGGACCUUUUGAAGGAGGCCACAAGAAAGGACCUGAACUGGCCGGACGAGGAUGGCAUGACGCCCACCUUGCUGGCUGCUUUCCACGGACACGUCAAUGCACUCCAGCUCAUUUGCAGCAGAGGGGGAGACCCCAACAGAAGCGACAUCUGGGGCAACACGCCGCUGCACCAUGCCGCCGCUAACGACCACAUGCACAUCCUCAGCUUCCUGGUCAGCUUUGACGCCAACCUGUUUGCGUUGGACAAUGACUUUCACACCGCUAUGGACGUCGCUGCCUCACGGGACCGCAUGGAGUGUGUGCGCUUCCUGGAUGGUGCGGCCUCCCAGCAGACCAGCCAGAAUCCAAAGAGGGUCGCCAGGUUAAAGAAGGAGGCCAGCAAAGAAGCAGAGAAACGGAGGAAGCUCUGCGAGAAGGUGAAGAGGAGGCACCAGAGCAAGAUGAAUAAGAUGUACCGCGGCGUCUCUGUUUCGGAGGUCAGCGAGACGUCGGCUUUGCCGAGCAGCGACACGGUUAGCGAGCAGUUCUCCAAGCUUAUCGCCUCUGACCAAACUGGCUCGCUGACAGCCCGAGUGAGAGGCACGCUGCAGAAGAAGCUGGGAAAGAAAGAAAAGGGGACUCUGCAGAGAUCAGGCGCGGAUGGAAACGUUAUUUUCCUCAAGCAGGAAGACGGAGCGGCUGGGAAUCCUGACUUCUUGGAUGUUUUCACCGAGCAGGAUGAGAGGAGGCUAGAAGAGGAAGAAGAGGCCGACCACGGCGAGGAUAGUGACUCGGGUCAAGUCAAACAGUCCAUCUUCAACAGACCCGGUCUUGGUGGUCUUAUUUUUAUGAAGAGGAUGAGCCUGGACACGGAGGAGGUCUUUAGUGGAAACAGCGAAAAUCUCGGCUACCUGGUUGAAAACGAAACACCCGAGGCAGAGGAAGAGGGGAACGCCGACACGGAUGUGCCGUGGGAGCAGGAAGAUCUGGGCCUGGAUGACGAGGAGGAGGAGGAGACUUCUCCGCUGGACGCCUUUUUGUCUUCCAUGUCCUUGUCAGAGUUUGCCUUGGCUUUCACCAGAGAGCACUUGGACCUGGAGGCGCUCAUGCUUUGCUCCGAUGAAGACCUGAAAAGCAUUCGCAUCCAGCUGGGACUCAGAAAGAAGAUCCUGGAAGCGGUUUCGCGUCGGAAAAACGUGCUGGAACGCCCGUGCGCCAUGGGCGACAGCUGUCUGUGAGAACUCCAAAAAAAGAUGACAUUAGAAUGUGCCAUGUUUCAGAGAGGAAGUUUGAUUUGGUGUGCAAAAAAGUGAUUCAACUAUCUCCAAAACAAGAGCUGGAAUAACACUUGUUAGAAUAAUUACGUGUAAGUUAUCACACAACUCUUAUGCUUAAAGGCUGUUGCUAUAGUUAUUAUCAAUUGUGCUGAAGUUGUACUGGUAUCAGUGUUUGUGUCCAGAACCGGCCUGCUGACUGCCAAGGGCGAACAUCGAGUACCGUGACGCAGACAAAGCAGAGACAGGGCGAUAUCACGAGUGUCAGCACAUUUGCAUUUCUGAAUAAUCAUAUAUUGUAUCUAACUGGGGCACCAUGCAUCCGGGCACAGCCACACACGUCCUUGGUAGCAGUUAUCAUCAAUCAAUCAAUCAAUCAAUCAAUUUACUUAUUAAGCUCUAAAUCACAAGUGUCUCAAAGGGCUGCACAAGCCACAACGACAUCCUUGGCUCAGAUCCCACAUCAGGGCAAGGAAAAACUCAACCCAAUGGGAUAACAAUGAGAAACAUUGGAGGGUACCGCAGAUGUGGGCCCCCCAAGGCCGAACAUCGAGUACCGUGACGCAGACAAAGCAGAGACAGGGCGAUAUCACAAGUGUCAGCACAUUUGCAUUUCUGAAUAAUCAUAUAUUGUGUCUAACUGGGGCUGCAGAAAUUACCCCCCUUCCUUCAGCAGCAGCCUCAGUGAUGAAUAAUAAUAAUAAUGCAUUAGAUUUAUAUAGCGCUUUUCUAGACACUCAAAGCGCUUCACAGAGAAGUAAAUAAUAAUAUGCUUCCAGAAGUGGUCCAGAAGAUGUUUCAGAUGUGAACCAGUAAAUAUGAACUAAGAGGGAUGAACCAGGGACCUCCCAAAUAAAUAGAGGAGAACGUGGGCUGUGCCUUAGAGCAUAGGUUGUUUCUGUAACUAGAGUACAGCCCCAUACGUCUCUCCUCAUUGAGUAAAAUUGAACUCUGUCUCUGCAUGAUUCCUUGCUUCUUGUCUGUUUAAUAGAUGUCAUCAGUGUUUGAACCUGUUAAGUACAGAAAUAGCAUCAUGUCAAAGAGAGUCAAGAAAAGAUGAGUUGCGUUAAUUCUGUCAUGUCACAAAAUGCUGUAAGAGAUUCAUCUGGAGGCUGGAUGUUGAAUGAAUAAAAGGUUCUAAUUGGUG